AUGAAUAAUCGGUCCAUUGCCUGGUGGCUGCGGCAGAUUGGUCUGCCUCAGUACACAAAGAUCCUGGAAAGCGAAUAUUACGGACUGGAGGGCCUGCUAAACGUGAAUGACAACGAGCUGAAAGAAGCAGGAAUUGAGGAUGCCUCGCACAGAGAAACCAUCCUAAUUCAGCUUCUGAGGCACCGCCAAAAGCUCGACCCUCACUCAGGUGUGCAAAUGGAGCGCAGGGUGAGCAGGAAGUACUCGCUGGGUUCGUCCAUGGAUUUGGUGAAACCGAGCAAGGACCUGUUCCGACAGAGUGUCUUGCCCCGCCUCCACCGAGCUGACAAGAAGCAACGUCUCUCUGCGUCCUGCACCCAGCUGCGACCCCUGGACGAGGAUCACACCUCCACACUGGAUAGCUGUCGAGAGAUCAAGCGCAGUAAAAGGAAGAGUGUUGCCGCAUACUUCAGCCAGCUGAAGGUGUUUGGAGGUCGCAAGGAGAUGGACUCCCUGAAGAAGGAGCUGGAAGAGGAGUUGAAGCUCAGCACCGAGGAUCCCAGGAGUCACGCUUGGUACCACGGAGCAAUCUCCAGAGAGGCCGCUGAGGCUCUGUUCGAGAGGGAUGGAGAUUUCCUGGUUCGCGACUCCAGCUCAUCCCCAGGCGACUAUGUCCUCAGCUGCUACUGGAGGAAUGAGCCCAUGCAUUUUAAGAUCAUACGAGUGGUCCUGAGACCAAAAAAGGGCUACUCGCGUGAACUGUUCCAGUUCGAGGAGGACCGCUUCGACAAUGUUCCUGCUCUAAUCCGUUUCUAUGUGGGCGGACGUCGUCCCAUCUCCCAAGCCUCAGGCGCCAUUGUCUUCCACCCGCUAAACAGGACCCUGCCUUUGCGCCUCAUUGCCGAACGACAGCAGUCUGACUACAAGAGCUCCACAGUGGGGAAGUCCCAACACCAACGCAGCAAGAGGCUCAGCUUUAGCAGUACCCUGGGAGACGCUGUGCACGUCAACCCUCUGCUCAGCAGGAGCGGGAGUCACCCUGGCAACCUGGAGAAAGUCGGGUCCAGGCCUUCACUCCAAUCGGCUCAGUCGGACAGCAACCUGAGACCUGGCGCUUCUCAGAACACAAGACCCCAGGAAAUUGGGCCCCCUCCCAUCUCACCAGUGUUUCGCACAGGGAGUGAACCCCUUCUCAGCCCCAAGCCACAGCAAACCCGUUCCUGUUACCCUGGUGGGGGUGUGACGUUGCGGGGGUCCGACGGCCAGCUGCACUCCCGAGCGCCCCCUAAGCCACUUCGGAUCUCUGCCGUGUUCCCCAAAGUACCCCAACCUGUUCUGCUGUCCGACCAAGACGACGACCCAUCCGCUUUCUAUGACGAGCUGGUCGUUCAGGUGCCGCAGUCACGACGCAAAGGCCACGUAGAUCGGCUGCGUGCUGAGGAAAAGUGGCAGAGCAGGGCACGAAUCACCGAAACCUCGUUUGGCUUCCUUGAUGCCGACAAUAGCAGCGAGGUGGUGUCCCAUCUGCCGCGACUGCCUGACAAGGAGCACUUUGAACGGCCACAGACAGAGUGCAGCUCGUGCUUCCGGCUGGACCGUUUUGAGUCGCUUCUGUUGCCGGACAACAACCGGCCGCUGGAACCGAGCGUCCUGCUGGCUCUGAAGGAGCUCUUCAACCGCUCAGAUCCUGACAACACCGCCCUGCAUAUGCUUAGCGUGGACUGCCAGGUGGCGCGCAUCACAGGCGUGACAGCCGAGCAGAGGAAAGCCAUGGGGGUAGGCUCAGGGCUGGAGCUCAUCACGCUGCCGCACGGUCAACAAUUGCGGCGAGACCUGCUCGAGAGGCAUCAUCUGAUCUCUCUGGGCGUGGCCGUGGACAUCCUCGGCUGCACGGGCACUGUGAGCCAACGUGCCACUGUUCUACAUAAGUUCAUCCUCUUGGCGAAGGCCCUCAAAGACCGUGCCCACGAUCUCUAUUCCUUCUCUGCCGUCAUGAAGGCACUAGACAUGCCUCAGAUAGUAAGACUGGAGAUGACAUGGCGUUCACUGCGGAGGAAUCACACGGAGAGUGCUGUCCUGUUCGAGAAGACUCUUAAGCCCUUCUUGAAGUCGCUGAACGACAGCGAUGAAUGUGUUUUAGCGGGUCCGGUGGCCGUGCCCCACUUAGUUCCCAUGCUGCUGUUGAUGGAGGGCGAGGACACCGUGGAGGACAGUGAGCGAGGCUGCCAGACACUCUACAACGUCCUACAGGCUGCGCGACGCGACGCCCUGCAUGCCCGCGACUACCAGCGACACGCCAGCGCUCUGCUUGGGGGUGGUUGGACGCCCAUCCCUGAGAUGCUGGAGGCCUUCCAGACCGAGUUCGCCCUGCGCCUCUUCUGGGGCCAGUCGGGAGCGGAGGCGGACAGCAAAGAACGUCACGACAAGUUUGACAAAAUUCUCUGUGUGCUCUCGGACAAAUUGGAACCGGUUGAGAUCAAACCGGCGACGCCGCAGCCUCUCAGUUGA